GAUUCCCAUAGCACAGAUCCAUUCCUAUCCUAAACAGCAUACUAUCAUGUGCAUUAACAUACGGCGGAGCGGCUGGGCAGAGGAGGAGGUCCUCGAGAUGCCAAAAUAAAUGGUAUAUUCGUCUUUUGGCACUUCGCGUGACGUCAUCAGCGUGCUCGGAGGCAACAUGGCGGAUACAUUUGCCAAGUACCAUUGCAACUACUGCGAGGAGGAUGUGAACGGACUGAGGGUGCGGUGCUUGGAGUGCGACGACUUCGAUCUUUGUUUACAGUGUUUUGCUUGCGGUGCUGAGAUUGGAAAGCAUAGAAGUGGACACGCCUAUCAAUUUAUGGCCGGUGUUUUCCAGGACACAGGAAACUUUAGCAUUUUCCCCGGUCAAGGCCAUUGGACUGCUAGAGAGGAGGUCAGAUUGCUGGACGCCAUUGAGCAGUAUGGGUACGGUAACUGGGAGGACAUUGCGCGCCAUAUCGAGACUCGCACUCCAGAUGAAGCAAGAAAUAAGUACAUCAGCAGUUACAUAGAUGGCGCUAUUGGGCGAGCCUCCUGGAAACCAGCAUUAGAAAGAUUGCAGCUCCCCAUUGAGCACACAGUCCCUGACACAGGACCACUCUCGCCAACUCUAGGGUCUUCACUACCCUCCCAGCCACCCUCCACCGAGGAGAACACCAUACUUGGAUACAUGCCACACAGAGAUGAUUUUGAGAGGGAAUGGGAUAAUGAUGCAGAAACAACGAUAGCACCAUUAUUCAUUCAUCCAGUUGAUGAUGAAGAUGUGGAUAUGGCUCUCAAACUUGCACAGGUUGAUAUGUACAUGCGCCGUCUUCGUGAAAGAUCGAGAAGAAAACGGGUAGUUAGAGACUUCCAGGUUGUUCCACAAUUUUUCAAGAAGGAAAGAGAAAAAGCCCAAGUUCCUCCAAAAAAGAAAAGCAAAGAUGAUAAAGAGGCAGUUGCUGAAAAACUUAGAACAAUUAGCCAGUUUCAAACAGCAAGUGAACACAAUAAUCUUAUAAACUCCAUUGUCAGAGAGAGAGAGUUAAGAACAAGGAUAAGAGAAUUACUAAGAUAUCGUCGUAAUGGAAUUAGACAUGUGGAAGAAUGCCAUGAGUUUGAGGUAGCAAGGUCACGAAGAGACAGGAAAAAAGAAAAUAAAAAGAAAGGUGUAAGUAUUAAUACUUCCUUAUUUUGUAAGGUAAUGCUGUGAGUAAAUCUAGUAGUAGACAC